AUGCUGCCAACACCCCACGUUUCAUGCGACUACGACAAAGUUUACGAACCGUCUGAGGACUCUUUCCUCUUGUUGGAUGCGCUGGAAAAAGACCGGGCGUUUUUAACGCAGUUUUUGGGCUCACAAGGUGUCAACCUGGUAUGUGAGGUCGGUUGUGGAUCCGGGAUUGUGACGACUUUUAUGAUGCAGAACAAUAUACCUAGUAAAUAUUCUAUAUAUGUUCCCACAGACGUUAAUCCGUGGGCUCUCGAGUCCACGGUGGGCACGGUGCAACGUAACGAAUGUGGACAGCGAUUUUUUAGUCCCGUACGCACGAACCUGGUGCAUUCGAUACGUGAGCAAGAAAUCGACCUCUUGGUUUUCAAUCCGCCUUAUGUGCCGGCCGAGACAGUCCCAGCAGUACCGCAGGAUUGGGAAUUGGACCCAACAAAGGUAGCAAGUGAGCAGCGACCUGACGAUUGGCUGGAUCUCGCGCUCCUAGGAGGUGAUGACGGGAUGGUUGUCACUUGGCAGCUACUCAAUAAUCUGGACAGCUUUUUGUCUGCUAAGGGGGUGGCAUACAUUCUAUUCUGCGCGAGGAAUAAACCUCUGGAUGUGGUCAAGCACAUGCAGGAACAAGGCUGGCAAAGUGAGUUGGUCGAACACCGCAAAGCCGGUUGGGAGGUCCUCAGUAUUUAUAGAUUUCACCGUUAG